ACCGAACUCGCCACAUUCUGCACUUCCGGUUGGAGUUCUCCUGCUGCCUUACAAGAUGACCACGCUGAGAGCGUUCACCUGCGACGAUCUCUUCAGAUUCAACAACAUGUGAGCAGGCAGUAUAGCGGGGAUAGUGGUGGGAUAGCCGCAUGUAUCCCUCCUCGGGGGAAAUAGGGCACUAAGAGCAGGAGUAACCAGCCUGUCUGUCCUGGUGGAGGAGGAGGGGAGGUGUCAGUGUGCUCCAUAUCAUGGGAUUUACUCAUGGAAAUGGCAACAUGUGUGAACAAGUCCACCUGGAGACAUUCUCCAACUUCACCAUAGUCCCAGUCCAGCUGGUUUUAUCAUAGACAUUGCCAUUAGGAGUUAGGUUUGGAGAUAAUUCAGAGUUUAUACCAAAGUCUGUGUGUGAGUCUACAGAAAUGUUCCCCAGUUGGCUGAGCAUUGUGGGAAACAUAGUCCACAAAACUGGAGUGUCAUUGUCAAACCUCUAUUCACUUAAAGUGGCAGCCUCCAGAGACCUCAGUUCUAUACUCUCACGCAUGCAAUGUUACGGUCAGGGGGUGUUUGCGAAUUCAGCGAAGUCCCCAGGCGGUGACCGUGCCACUUUAAAUCAAAGAAAUAAUGAGAGGAGGUAAUAGGAGAAACCGAAUUUAUUUCAUGGUUACUCCAAAGUAAUAAAAUGUCUGUCCCACGCUUUAUGAUGCAAAUGUCCCACAGGGUUUAAAGGAACACUUUGGGCAUUAAAUCAUUAAAUUAAGCUGUUAUGGUGUCAGGAGGUCCAUGGCGGUGGCUUACCCUUACUAGUUAAACCGUUCACAAACUGUUUAAUCUUAACUUCGGUGUUCUGCUCUGCCCUACUGUCCUGAGACAGCGGUGAAGUGCUGUCACAGUUAGGGAUGUACCUUUUACAAGCCUUUUUUUUCAAAGUAGAGUUGCUGAUUGGCUUAGAGCAGCGGUUCCCUAACUGUGUGUCAUGGCACCCGGGGCGCCACGACGGGCACACAGGGGCGCUGCAAGAUAUUUUCCAGGUGCUAUGAUGAUUGCACCGGGAACUGUGCCUCCCUCUCCCCUGCCGGCUCUGCAGGAGUGUAAUGCUGCAGCUGGCGAGGGAGGGAGAGAGGAUCCAGGGAACUCUAAUCUGCAGCUCUGCCGGGUUCUCCUCUCACGAGCUGGGAGUGUUGCCGCUGUUACCACGGCAACACUCCUAAUCUCGCGUGAGUGAACUCUAGCAACUCCUGAAGCUGCUAGAGUUCACUGUCACCACCUGGACUACCAGGUAUUGCAGGAAAUGUCCCCCCUCACAGUCAAAGGUAAACAGGGAGGGGGGGGAUAAUAUUUAUUUAAUUAUUUUUCAUUGUUUUUUAAAAAAAAUGAUAUAUUUAUGAAUUUUCCCUCCUACCCCCUGGAGACACAAUAACUUCCCCCAUACAUACAUCCCUGAAUGCUUUUAAAUGUAAACACUGACUUUUCAGACAAAAGGCAGUGCUUACAUUGCUGCUCGGUGACACCUCUAACGACAGUAACUCAGAUGACUCCUAGAGGUGCUUCCUGUGUCAGUGCUUCACACUUUGCAGCACCUACAUUAAUGUUUACAAAUUCUAAAGCAUUAAAAUCUGAAAAUUCUCUAUCACUGCUAUAUGUACGACUUGGCUAUUGAGCCUAAAUUUUGCCAUUCAGAUUUAAAUGUGAUACACAAAGCAUAACAGCAUGUACUGCAUCACCACUCUACACCUUGCUUUAUAAAUUGAUACAGUGCUUCUGCUUUUCAAUUUAGCUAUGCUAGUUUGCGUCUCUUUCCUCCAUUCAAAAAAAUCCCAACACUCUGUUAUUCACUAAUCUCCAUUUUUAUUUUUUGGUGUUUAGCAAAUCACUCUGUAGUGGAUUUUCAUUUCUCUGUCAUUGUACCCUGUCUCUUUGACUAGGUUCUUAUGGACUUUUAAAUUUGACAACAUUGCUGUGAUUAAUUUGUGCCUCUUCUUUGUCCACAUUCUGUGAUCAGCUUCUCUCUCUUCCAACCCAACACUCCUCUCUGAUUUAAUUCCUGGCUCUCCCUCACCACAAUUUUUGUCAUUUCAUAAUAGAUCCUCCAUAAUCUUCAUUGGGAGAGCUGUAUAUAUUCCAUGCAUAUUGCACUGCAGGUCUUUGUGGGAAAGGCUUUUUAACUACCCUUUUAAAUAAUUGGGGGCGGGAGGGGGAAUUAAUUAAACGUUGUGGCAAACGUUGUGGCAAAUGCUUCCAUUUGCGUUUCUAUUGUACUGAAUGUGAAAUAAUAGCCACGUGUGCAAGAGUUUUUAUACAUUGUGAUCUAUAAGCUCUCUCAUUGGAAUGUAUGGGAGAACAUCCACACAAGUCAUUUAUAACAUGUGGUGUAGGGAUGUGCUGUACUUCACAUUUGUCAGCACAUAUUGGGUGGGUGAGCGCAUGCUUGCAGCUGUUAUAGCAAAUCUUUGCUGUGUUCAUUUAUUGCAUAAGAAAGGUUAUGUUGCUUAGAGCCUCCCUCUGCAUGUUAUCAAUGCAGCAAAAUGUUUUACAGUGAACUGAAUACGAAUACAUUGAAAUUAGCAUUUCGCCUUUUGUGAGUUUAUAUAAUCUGUGAUUUGUUUUUUGUUUUCGCAGAAAUUUGGAUCCUCUCACAGAGACUGUAUCCUUCGCUAGCUUUUGCAAAUUGCCUGUAAUGUUAUAAAUACAUGUUAGUGCUUGGUUAAGUGAGUUAUGAACUUACUUUCCCUCCAUCCAUCUUGAGAAUAUGUAUUUACCUGGGAUAGCCUUCCAUUAUAAGUAAAGAAAGCAAAUGCAGUCAGUAAAUCGAGGAAUGCUGGGGAAUUGCCUGUGCUGUCCCCGAGGUAUAUAUAAAGAUAGUGCAGUUUCACUAAGGGCAGAUUAAAUGAUGGGAUUCAAAACUCUACAAAGGGUCCAGGCAAAUAUUUUAAAGUGCACACUUACAUAGAAGCAAGCAAUCAUGACAACGUUUCAGCCUUUAGUGGCCUUUGUCAACUCUAUCCACUUUUUGGAACAAUCUGUGGAUACCGAUCACCACCAACUUACUGCUUACAUAAUGGCUAUGGCAUGAGUGCUAUCCAUUCCAUUAUGUGUAAUUGAUGUUUAUUAUUGUAAAUGCUUUGAAAGUUUCACCAUUGGAUACCUUGACUAACUGUUUCAGUAUGGGAUCCCUUUUUACCUUCAAUAUUUGGCUCACUGGCCAGAAUAUUUCAUUGUUGCAGAGGCUCCUGGAGGGGAACUUAUGGGUUACAGUAAGUAUUCUAAAAGAUUGACAAACAUAUAUAGUUUUUUUUUAAAGUUUAAAUUAUGAUGGUAUUGCUUGCAAGCUAAUUGCUCAUGUGUAUUUAUAAGUGGGGAGUUAUUACAAAAAUGUCACAUUUGAUUGUACAUGUCAUGUAAAGCAGUAGAAAAAAAGGUUGGGAGGGGGAGAGGGUGGGGGGACAAACUUGUAGGUGUGCUUUCUCAUUAGUUUAUUCUCUUUAAAUCAAUAUGAGGAAUAAAAUAAAAACAAAGUCUGUGUCUAUGGAAAAGCAGAGGGACCCCCAAAAUACCAAUGUUUGCUGGAUGAAAUGUAAGCUCUCUUUAAUGCACGAUCUACCAGAAAUGGGGGCUCUGCUUUCAUCUUAAAUAAAGCCCCAUUCUAAAGGAAAUGUAGCCUGUAAACUAGUAUCUUAUUUUGAAAUGUACUCAGAAAAAGUGAAGUGCAAUUUACAUUGGUAGGCAAGUUUCAAAUAAAUUCUACAAGCACACUGAAUAACACAAAAUGUGUUGUAAGACAGCAAUUUGUUAAAAAGAAAAACUAUUACAAAAGAAUAACAUAAGGUUUAAAAAAAAAUAAACGUAAAAAAAUUGAUUAUCACAAAAGGUGUCGAGACUGGUAAUAUUUUAUAGCUUGUCAUGCAGAGGACCCUGAGGUGACACAGGCCAAACAUCCCUCCUGUGAUGAUUUACCAGCCUUAAUGCAGCACUAGCACCAUCUGGGGAUUUUACAUCAUUUACAAAGACCCUAUUGGAGCCAUAGUCAUGAAUGGGGGUGGAGGAGGGGAGCUUACCUGAAACUGGCUCUAGCGCAAGUUUGACAAAUUUGCUUUGAAUCUCGGGGGCCAGCUAAAAAAAAGUUAGGAGCCAGUUUUUUUUUGUUUGUUUUUUAAACUACCAAAGUAUCAUUCUCAGCUACAAAAAUAAAGUUCUUAAAGGGACACUAUAGCCUCUAGAACCAAUGCAGCUUCGUGUAGUGGUUCUGGUGUCUAGCCUGUCCCUACAGACUUUUCAAUUUAAACACUGCCUUUUCAGAGAACUCAAAUGGCCACUAGAGGUGCUUCCUAGUCUCCAUGUUAUGCAUAGAGGUGCUGAACGUUCCCCAUAGAGAUGCAUUGAUUCAGUGCAUCUCUAUGAGGAGAUGCAGAUUAGUGCAUGUGCAAUAGCCUCCAGGAAAGCAUUGGCUUGGCUGAGAUCAUCAAGAUUGGUUAUCUCAGCCAUGGUGGCAGGUCCAACCAUGCGAGACUGUCACGUUGUGGGAAAAAAAGAUGAGUCAAAUAGCCUCUUCCAUGCAGAAGGGGCCGGCCACCUAAACAGACACACUCCCAGACACACAUACUCACGGUCGGGGAAUAAUAUUAUUGCAGGGUGUUUGAGGGAGCAGAGCAUGGUAAUGACUGCUCCAUUCUGCACAGUCGGUUGGCCACCUCAGUUCUCCCUCGCCGCCUGGCACAAUUCCACACAGCUCGCCACCUCCUCUGCUCUCCUACAACACUGACAAACCUGUCUCUGCUCUCCCUCAGCUGGACGGCCUGCGUGCAUUCUCCCUUGGCGCUGCGAGCCGACAUAUCAUAGGCCUGGCGCCUGUAAUUUAUCGAGCCCUGCCCUAGCAGGUGCCACCAUACCUUUCUGGCUGGUCCUCUUCUGCUCCUAUGAGUCCCUAUUUUGUCUCUGUAUAUCAAGCUUGCCAUACUCAAAGGCUAAUACAGGCUAAUUAAACAAGGUUUAAGUCUGUGGGCCGCAAAAAAAUAAAAAACGUAGGUUUAUUUAGAAAAGUUCAGUAUAAAAAAAGUUGCCUGACACUGGAUGUCCUCGCGCUCGUAGGGUUCAAAGUAAACAAAGAGCAAAUUUAUUUUAACGAGAUGUGCAUUUGCAUAUAACCAAUGUUUCAGUCCAACUACCUUAACAUAUUAAGAAAAGUUUGGUAAUGGGACUGAAAUUGUGAAUGUAUGCUGUUGCACAGCUGUAAAAAACAAAUAAUGUUGAUUUUGAAGUCCUAUAAGUGUGUUCUUCACUUUGACUGAAAUAAUCAAACUUGAUGACCUCAACCAAUCCAAUGCUUUCCCAUAGGAAAGCACUGGGAGGCUAUUGUGAAUGUGUGGCAAAAAGCUGCGUGGCCAAUCAGCAUCUCCAUGGGGAGCGGUCAGCACCUCCAUGCAGACCCAGUCUAUACACAGCCCCCUCCCCAAUUCUAAUAAUUGCCCACAAAUCCAAUACAUUUCCCCCAAAUCCAGUACACUGCACCCUCCCUCCACUCUAAUUGAAUACACUGACCCUCCUCCCUGUACUCUAAUUUAAUACACUGCCCUCCCCCAAUUUAAUACAUUGCCCCCCUCCCUUUCCCAAUUUAAUACUUCCCUUCCCCCAAUUUAAUGCGUUGCCCCCUCCCUCGUCUCUAAUACUCUGCCUCCCUCCCCCAAAUUAAUACACUGCCUCCCUCCCCCAAAUUAAUACACUGCCUCCCUCCCCAAAUUAAUACACUGCCUCCUCCCCCAAAUUAAUACAUUGCCCCCCUCCCUCCCCAAAUUAAUACACUGCCCCUCUCUCUCCCUCAAAUUAAUACACUGCCCUCCCUCCCACCACUCUAAUACAGUCUCCCCCUCCCACCACUCUAAUACACUGCCUGCCUUCCUUCCCCGAAAUUAGUACAUUGCCCCUCACCCCCAAAUAAAUAUAAAAGCCCCCUCCCUGAAAUUAAUACACUGCUCUCCACUACCCAAUUUAACACACUACACAGGAAGGUCCCCCAAUCCCUUCUUCCACUACCUUAUGAUGAGCCACCCAUCCCCCAGUUCCAGCCCUGCUCUUCUUUGCUCAAGCAGGCCAGACGCUCUUCUGGCACUGCGAGCAGAAGGGAAGAGGGAGUGCCUGCGGGAGCACGCAAUCGGCCAUGGGAGGGAAGACUAGAAUCAGACAGGAAAUAUCUUUCCUGUCUUGUGGCUGGUCGUAGCCACAACUCAGUGUCCCCAGGGCAGGUGGGCCGCAAAUAUAUCCGUUGUGGGCCGCAAGUUUGACAUGCUUGCUGUAUAUCUUUUGACUGUGAUGGAGUUUAUGUGAAAUUACAACACCGUCAUAAUGAGUGUUUUGUAAAGAUUCUAUCUUUAUCAAAUACUCAUUUUGUAUGGGGGAUAGGUGGUAGCAGUGCUGCUUUAAGAAUGGCAGAGCAUCUUGGGAGCUGUGGCUCUGUAACAACUGGGAGAAUAGUAGAAGCUGUAAGUCAAGCUAGUAUAAAAGUGGGAAGCAGAAAAUUUGAGUGGAAGGUGCAGGUAAAAAGUGAAUUGCAAUAAAUGGUGAAUUGAAAGGAACACUGAGCACCAUAACCACUACAGUGUACUGGAAUGCCCUGGCACUCUUCCAGGAUCUGCAGUUAAACCAUUUGGAGACUUUUCAUAACUAGCCUAGGGGUGCAAACAGAAGCUCCAUGCAAGACCUUUGAGCUCUCUGUGAAGCCUUGGACCGCCUGGUAAAUUGUCAUACCGUUUGCAGAUGGUUUAUCCUGCGAGGUGCCAAGACACUCAUGGCAAUAUAACCACUACAACUGAAAUUUAAUUGUGGGCACAAAGGAAAAAUUAAAUUGGGAAAUUUAAAAUAAGAAUAAGCAGUGAGGAAAAAAGACUAAAAUCAGUAAGAGGUGAAUAAAAGUAGAAUUUGAGUACUUUCAGGUCCACUCGAAAACAUUUUCCAUCCCAGCUAUCUACUAUGAACUUUUUUUUUUUGUGUGUGUGUGUGUGUGUGUGUGUGUAAAAAGCACUGAGACUUGAAGUCAUCCUAUACAGUGCACACCACCACCAUCUAGUGGAGAAUGAUAAACAGUACCAUUUGAGUCUGACUUUGAUUUAAAUGAACAUCUAAUUGCAGUUUCAGAUAUAUUGCAAUGUUUAUGUUGCAGGGUUAAGACCACCAGAGGUACUUGCUUUUUCAUGGAGUUGAAAACGACGCUGGUCGUCCUCACGCUGUGCAUGAGGCCAUCCAACAUAAAUUCCCAAUUCGAAUUCAAUAGUACUUAAGAUUAUUCACUUCCAGAAUAGCAAGUAAACGAUAGUUUGCAAAUGUGAAUUCUACUGGAUUGCAUUUGGUUCUGAAUUUUAUUAAAACCGCUGCUUUGUGAAUUUUCCAAAUCCUAUAAUUUGUAUAGCAAUCAGAUGUGAAUGCACAAUUUUAUUCCGAAUACCAAAUGCAUCCAGGCAGUUCCUACAGAUUCACUCGAGUUGACCAAAUUCCGACCAUUUUUGACUUUAGUAAAUCUGAGAAUUGCCAGUAUGGUCAAAAUUUGAUAAUUUUCACCGGAUUUUGUCCUUCCGGAGGUAAUUUGGUGUUUAGAAGUUAUCUCCUGCUCUGUUAAACAGUAAUACUGCAGGGGCAUGGUCUAUAGACUAACAUUACUUCAUUAAACUAAAGUUGUUUUGGUGCUCAGAUUGUCCCUUUCAAUGUACAUGCUAGAAAGGGACUAAACUGUUUCCUCUUCAAACAUGGCAACUAUUUUACUUGGUUUUUGAAUGACAAUAAAGGGUUGCUUCAAGCACCAUUGCUACUUCAGUUAUUUGAAGUGGUCAUAGUGCCUGGAGUCUGUAUGUGCAGCAUUUCGCUAUGAAACACUGCAAAUACGGUGUAAUUCCAUGUCGGGCAGCAUCACUGGGGCCUCAUCUGCCAACCCGGACCUUGCGUUUUUUUUUCUAUGCGUAGGUCUGCAAUCUUUGGCUGAGAGCAGUCUGCUGAUUCUCUCAGCCAGUGAAUGGCUGGCAGGAUUUGCAUCUGGCUCUGCAGAAGCCAGAUGCACGUCACAGACAGCCAUAGUGGAGACACAGUGCCCUGCAUUAAAUGGGUUAGAGUGCAAACGGUUGUAUAAUACCAUGCAAUUACACUUUAUUUCCUCUCCUUCACUUACAUAAAAAGGUAACGGUUUGUGCUGAUAGUUGUACUCUUACAAGCAUCCUAUGCAUGCAUUUUAAAUGCUCAAUUAUGUUUUUGAAGUAAUGGGGAAAGCUGAGGGGUCAGUUGCCCGGGAAGAAUGGCAUGGACAUGUGACAGCUCUCUCAGUAGCGCCUGAGUUCCGACGCCUCGGUUUAGCUGCCAAGUUAAUGGAGCUUCUGGAAGAGAUUUCAGAAAGGUAAUAAUCCUUUAACCUGUCUAGAAAUGCACACAGCCCUUAAGUCAAUGUAAUUGUUGUUGUUGAGUUUGUUUGUAUUUUCCUUUAUUGCAAAGCCUCUGUGCUGGAUCUGCGAUUGUGGCUUUCCACAGCUUCUCAAUGAACUCUAAUACAGCUCAUUGAGAAUGGGGAAGGUAGCCGCUUGCUAGUACAGCACGCCUGCUGCUUCUACUAAGAGACCGUUCUGCCCCCAGUUAUAAAGGUGCAGAUUUAUUUUGAAAUUGGCAGUUUUAAAACCUGACAAUCUUCAGGCACAUACAGCUUCAGCCAGCAGAAGUGCUUUGUGUGUGGCGUGUUUAUUUAUUUUUAUUUUUUUUAGAUCCUGAAAAUACAGCAUUCUGAGGUUUCUAUGGAAUGGGUACUAAACACUGUGAUUUAGACAAACCUCUAAUAUAUACAUACAUAUAAAUAGGAGAGAGGCUUUUUAUUUUAUAUAAAUUUUUUUGCGUGUUGUGUAUACCUUUUAUCUUUUCUUCCUGAUUAAGGGGACCGUAUAGUAACCAAAACUGUUUCAGCCGUUUUUGUGUAUAGGUCAUGUUGUAAAGUCUCACUGUUCAACCCUCUGCCACUUAGGAGUUAAAUCACUUUUUUAUUUUUGUUCAUGCAGCCCUAGCCAAACCUAAAAAGAAAGAUGUUUUUUCAAAUUCAAUCAGAUGUUCGUUUACUAUUAGACGUUUUUACUUCAUGCACUGCAUUUUACUUUAAUCACAUAAAGGAGGCUCUUGCAAUCUAAUAACUGUGCAGGAGAUAAGAAAAAAAAAAAAAAAAAACAUAAUUUGCAAUACAUGAAGUGUAAACAUUAGAUCUCACAUAACAGGAAGUGUUUAGGAAGGCUGUGCAAGUCACAUGCAGGGAGGUGUGCCUAGGGCUGCAUUAACAAAGUGAUUUAACUCCUAAUUGUCAGAGAAUUGAGCAGUGAGACUGCUGGGGCAUCAUCCAAACACCAAAACUGCUUCAUUAAGCCUAAAUUCUUUUAGUGACUAUAGUAUCCCUUUAACUUAAUAGGAGUCCUUGUGUAAUCAGCUCUUUGGACUAUUUACCAACUUGCUCCUUUCUAGAUAUUUUCUAGUAACCUCAUUCUUUCUUCCCAUCCAGAAAAGGAGGAUUCUUUGUCGAUCUGUUUGUAAGAGUGUCCAAUCAGGUAGCAGUAAACAUGUAUAAGCAGCUUGGUUACAGUGUAUACAGGACUGUGAUCGAGUACUACUCAGCCAGCAAUGGAGAGCCAGAUGAGGAUGCCUAUGGUAAGGACAAUGUAUUGGAAGCCUGCUUACUUUUGACCUAAAUUUCUAUACUGCUUUGUAAUUAGCAUCUUUGAACUGGCAAGUUUCAGACACAGUUUACAUAUUCACCUGCUUGUUGUUUUCCAUCACCUGUUAUCCUUUCUAUUCUAUUACCGUCCAAGCAUCGUAAAAAGUGUCGGGUGGGAUAAAGCCUUGAAUUUGCUAUAUUGCCCUAACAUUGUAUUCUGAAGGCUUAUCAGAAUGUGUAACAUUUGUAACACACCAGAAGAUCAAAGAAUCAAGCAGGUCCUUAAUCUAUUUAAACAUGUACCAGUCCGCUUGUCUUCCUGAUUAAUCUGUAGCUGUAAAAUUAAACCGUAAAUUUCCCUGGUCUGUUCUUAUUUGUAGAAUUUUAGGGAAUUGAACACCAAACUGCAAGAUUUAGACAAAAUUAGCAGAUUUGGGAAAAAGUUACAAUAUGGCUCUUUUAGCAUUCAUUUUGCAAUCUACUUUUUAGUUUAACUCUGUGAAACGACUCUGGACAUCCUCAAACUUUGCAUAAGGACAUCCAACUCAUAAAGUCCCCCAUAGGAAAUAAUUGAUUCAGUGCUUUGCUAUGGGGAAGGCCUAAUGCGUGGUGGUUGGGAUUUACUAUUUUGGAAAUAAACAAGGAUUGACGCCUAUGUUUCAGGGCCUUCUCCAGCAAUUUACCACAUUUAUUUACCACAUUCUUAAAGCUAUCCACUCCCGAAAAACAUCAGGGGAUGGUUCCUAUUUGUACUUUUGCUCUAAGGGGAAGGGAAUCCAUUGUGGCAGAUCGUUGUUUUUUAGUCUAGAGCCUGGCUUUGUUAAUGUUCCACUAGCCACACUCUUGUGUGCUUCCCAUAUUACAUUGUGUCGUUUUCCUUUAAGUGAUUAGUAGGUUUUGCCCUGACUUUGCGCAAGAUGUCUAAGUUGUCGAUUAGUGUUUUAAUUUGAUGUGAAGGGACAGGAUAUUGAGAUGGUCCAGUGCUUGCCAUCUUAAGUCACAGGGCCAUGGUCAGACCAAGUAAUGAUACCAAUCGAGAAGUCCCAUAGCAAGUGUGUUUGUGAGAAAUAAAGAUCAUAUCUAAUCUUGAGUAAGUUUUGGAUGUUUGCAAUUAUAAAGUACUGUCCUUCACCAUGGGAUGCAUAAGGCACCAGCAAUCCUUUAGUUGGGGAUAAUGUAAUAACCUAUUUAACACUCGUCUUUGGGUUUUGAGGGUGUCCCUGCGUUUGGUAGUACUGUCGAGCCAUAUGCAUGUCUAUUUUCCAGUCUCCUCCCUUAACUUCUACACCACCUUCUGUUGAUUUCCUAGCAAAUACACAUUUAAUAAAUGGUAAUUGGUCAGAAUAACGGUUUACAAAGGUAAAAAGAAUGAUACUCUGCAUCAGGAUAUCCAGUGUCCGCUAAAAUAGACUGUUGUUUCCAUUUAAAGGGAUUCUCUAGUGCCAGGAAAACAAGCCCGUUUUUCUGGCACUUUAGACUCCUACAGUGUCCCUUCCAGUCCGCCCCCAUCACACGUCGCUAAAGGGCUCCGCCCACGCUCUUCUCCUGCAAGAAGUCAGCCGGCGGUGGUGGUUUAAUGCGCAUGCGCAGCAAUGGCUGCACUCGCAUUAGGGAUCCCCAUAGGAAAGUUUUAUUCAAUGCUUUCCUAUGGGGAUUCCGGUGACGCUGGAAGUCCUCAUGCACAGCGCGAAAAAAUCUGUUUCUUUAACAUUGGUAUUGCACUGUAAAUAUUUUCUUAAAAUCUCGGUAAUCCAUACGUUAUGUUAAGAAAUGUCAGGAAUAUCUUUAAAUGGAGCAAUAAUGUAAUAACUAUAGGUAACUGUUAUUGGUUAAAAUGUUGAAUAUAGGGGGGCGUGGUUAGGAUCAGCCAGAGUAUGGACGCAUGAACUGAGCUCUCUCGAGGCAACACAACAAUCCUUGUCAAUCUCACAAUAUCCAGUAAGCAGAUGGCAUCUAAAAAGGAUCGAACAGAUGCAAAAGCUCCCUUGGCAGUCCUGGGAGGGUCCAAGAGGACUUCUUUGAAACAUUUUUCCCUCGACCUCUUGGACAAAUAGGUGGCACUGAAGAUAGGACCAACCCAUGGGAGUAGCGGAGGACCUCCCCCAAGCCCCUCUCUCUCAAAAGGCAUCAGUGGAGGUGGUUACUUGUCUGGUCUGGGUGCAAUGUCCCCAUGACACUUAUCCCUACAGUGGUAAUUAUUGCAUUUUGUGUCAUUGGACAUUGCACCCAGACCACUUCAAUGAGCUGAAGUGGUCUGGGUGCAAUGUCCCAUGACACUUAACCCUACAGUACAAUUAACCAUCUCCACUGAUGCCAACACAUGCAAAAUAGUUAACAUUCAGAAAAUGUUUUGGAGACACUGUAAAAUAUCUCCCAUAAAAAUUCUAUGCACAGGGUAGGUACAUCAUGCACAGGGUGAGUUUAAAGGAACACUAUAGUGUUAGGAAAGGUAUGCAUUAAAGGGAUACCAUAUUGCUAAAAAUACAAAUCUGCCACCCCUCCCCUCUCUGACCGGGGAUAAUACACAUUCACAGUGAGCGCUGAGUCCCUCCCCAUUGGAAAGCUUUGACUUAAUGCUUUCCUAUGGGGAUUUAACAGACGCUGGAUGUCCUGAUAUAGAGUGAGAAGAAGUCCAGCCUCAGUUAUGCGACCUAGAGUCCGAUAAAUCCCGGAAGCACCUCUAGUGGCUGUCUUGUAGACCGCUACCAUAGGCUGUCUUAGUACUGCAAUGUAAUGUAAGUUUCUCUAAAACUGCAAUGUUUUACAUUGCAGGACUAUGUGUGACAGGGACACUGCACCCAGACCACUUCAAUGAGCUGAAGUGGUCUGGGUGCCUACAGUGUCCCUUUAAGUAGAACACUCACAUUCACUUUGAACUGCAGUAAAUGAAGCAGCUGGAGAUUUUAGUAAGUAUAUUCUCUUGAAAUCAGCAGUUGUAUAAAACAAGCCUGCAGUGACCAGAAACUAACAACUAAAGCACUUCAACAAGAUAAAAUGCUUUGUGUGUUCCUUUGUUUAUUUUUUUACCUCCCUAAAAAAAAUUGGCAUUUUGUUUUUCUAAAUAUUUCUUUCUACUAUCUACAUUGGGGUUCAAAGUUCAUUUUAUGUACGUGUGUGUGUAUAUAUAUAUUUUUGCUGUUUUAUUUUAGACAUGAGAAAGGCAUUAUCAAGAGACACAGAGAAGAAAUCCAUCGUCCCUCUCCAGCACCCGGUCCGGCCUGAAGAUAUUGAAUAACCCUAGCUGUGGUUCUUGGGCAAAAGGAUGAUAAAUGCAUUGUAUUUACCUAUGCAAAAUGAAAGUGACUGACUGAAAAAAGUGAACAUGUCCUGCAAUUAGAAUAUAAAAAAAAUAGCUUUUCAUAUCCGACACCUAAAAUUUAUUUUUAUUCUCUGCUAUACAGAAAGGGUGAUCAAAACUCUAAAAAGCACAUUCUAAAUAGACCAAUAAUUGUUGGGGGUUUUUUUUUUCUUUGAUUUUGUUUUAUAUUAAUAACUCUUCAUAUGUAAUAUAUAUAUGGUUUUUGAUUUAUGAUGAGCGUUAUGGUUUCAUUGGGGUUAUUAAUACACUUUACUCCUGAGGGUUAUCUGCCUCACCUUCCUUCUGUUGCUUUAAUGAGAAUUCUGUUUCUUACCGUCCUGGCUGCAUAUAUUUGUAUUGCUCUAGAACACUCGGGGCACUGCACAUAUAUGUGGGCUAUAAAGACUGUCUGUGGAUUGUAUCUGUACAUCCCUAUAAAACAAACUCAGCUGCCAGUCAAGGAUACUGCCUAAAAGCCCUUGUGGGUUUUUGCAUAAAAUGCUCACUGUGAAUAGUGAUUAAAUGCAAUGAUCAGAUAUCUAAAAAUUGUUGGAAAAUACGUUUGUAAUAGCUCCUACUACAUUCACGCCAAGUGGAGGAAUUAACAUUUCUUUAUUCUGCCAUGUAAACCUCACUCAUAAUAAAUCCUAAUAAUUUAUCAUAAUAAAUCAUAAUAAAUAAGAGUUCAGUAGAUAGGAAAUGUUUUAAAUCUGCCUUUAUUAAACCUAGCGUUUAAUAACUUUUCUUUGCUGUGUUUGUAAGUUGACAACCACUUCAAAAUUUACACUAAAUAGACUAGAUGAAACAUCCACCUCAGUUGGUUGUCCUUCCCCUACAACUUAGUGCUCAAUGAAUGAACCCUAUAGGUUUUUUGUUUUUUUAAAUUUGCUCUUUGAGUUUCUUUAAUGUUGCUUUAUAUAUAGUUUAGAUUGGCAAUUUUGCCAUCUAACACCAUUAUCAAAGAGCUUCACACUGUAUAUAUUGAUAAAAUGCCCGUAUUACAAGUAGUAGCAGUACAUGAGCUGUUUUGCAAGUCUUUGGGUACUUGGGUUUUAGCAGCACAUAACUUGUGAAUUAUAUAGCCAGAUAAGUGUUUUAAUUUCUUGAAUAUGCCAACCAAUUGGGAACAAAUCACAGUGAUGGAACCCCGUGGUGCAUUGCAUUAGGAUUCUGAAUAGCAGCAUACUGUCUACAUAGUGAUGUACAUGGGGAAAAUUCUUCCAGUUUGGAUGCAGCAACAAUGCCUGUAUAGAUCCUUUCACUCUUUGUAUUGCAUAUAUGAUGAUCUCAGUCAGUGAACUAUAUUUAAAAGGAAAAAUUAAUGGUUAAGAAAAAGCAUUUUAUUUGAAUGGAUUUUGAAGUUUAAUUACGGUAGAUUAUUUUUCGUAUUAUUUAUUUUGUGUGUGAAUAUAAGAGUGUGUGGAGUUUCUGCACUGAUACGAAUGUUCAAUGCGUACGGUAACGUUUUCUAUCUUUUGCCCAAGAACCAAGCACAGUGUGUACAUAUGUAGUGUUUCUUAUUUAGGUGUCUGCAGUGCUCUUGUGUGAUAGGAGGCAAUGAAGCUGUAAGAGGCUGAAGUGAGAGAAUAAAAUAGGUUGAAUAAAUUCCGAUGCUGUUCCAACAUUUUAAUGUCUUGUGUG